AUGGGUUUGAGUAAACUAGAUGUACUGUACAGACGGCUGCUUCUAACAAAGUUUUUCAUCCGCGGAUGGGGAAAACCUGAAGAUUUAAAGCGAAUAUUUGAAUUUCGCAAGAUUAUUGGAAAUCGAGAAAAAUGUCAGCAUCUGGUUCCGAAAGAUUACCCAGUGUAUGUAGACACGGUUGAAGAACAAACAGAUUGCAAGAUUCUCGAUGGACAUUUUACCUCACCUUUGGUUCACUAUGUGCCAGAUGUUAUGCCCAAUGAAACAGUUGUAGCACGGUUUCAGUUCAUAGUGCCUAAAGAAUGGAAAAGCAAGUACAGGCCUGUGUGCAUUCAUCUUGCUGGUACGGGUGACCAUUAUUACUGGAGGAGAAGAACCUUAAUGGCCCGCCCUAUGCUUAAAGAGGCUGGAAUCGCUUCCCUGUUGUUAGAAAAUCCUUACUAUGGCUGCAGAAAACCUAAGGACCAACUGAGAUCAAGCCUUAAGAAUGUCUCCGAUUUGUUUGUUAUGGGUGGAGCUCUGGUGUUAGAGACUGCUGCCCUCCUCUACUGGCUGGAGAGAGAAGGAUAUGGGCCUCUGGGCAUGACUGGGAUUUCAAUGGGAGGACAUAUGGCAUCACUGGCAGUGACCAAUUGGCCAAAACCAAUUCCUCUGGUCCCAUGUCUUUCCUGGUCAACCGCCUCUGGGGUCUUCACAACAGGUGUUCUAAGCAAAGCUGUAAACUGGAGAGAGCUGGAGAAACAGUACUUUACACAGACAGUUUAUGAGGAUGAGAUCUUGCAUUUGCUUGAAUAUUGUGGGGCAGAUUCGUUCAAGAUGGGACAGGACUUUGUGAAAAACUCCCCAAGAAGUGUUGACAGUCUGACCCAUUUAAAACUAGCUGCCAGUCUUUUCCGCCUUAACAGCACGCAGGAUCAAUUAUCGCCUGAUCCUCUCCAAACAGCAAGUAGCAGUGACAAUAGCUUUAUGUUCCACGGUGACUCUAAAGUGCCCUAUAUUGGACAAGCAAUGACUGCUGGAGUCAGCAAUCACCAAAAGAGAGAGGACACAAAGAAGACUGAAGCUCUGCAAAUGGAGUCUUGGCUAUUUAUGAAAGGUGUCAUGGAUGAGUGCACACAUGUAGGAAACUUCUCAGGUAUGAGCUUUGUCCUCCCACAUUGUCCUGAAAAUUCUCACUUUCAUCCCGUGUCUAGUACUGGGCCCAAAAGUAACUAG